AAUGAAUAAAUUAUAUCCAACAGAUAAAAUACAUCAUCAAUAUGUUGAAUAUCCAUAGCGUUGGCUACAAUUAGUCUUAUUUUUAUGUGCUUUGCUUUCAAACAUUAUGUUUGGAUUUUCGCUUUCGCCUAUUGUGAAAGAAAUGUCAUUAGUUUAUCAAGUUGAUAGUAGGUAAAAGAUUCUUAAAUAAUGAAGAUAUUUGUAAUUUUUGACAAUUAGUUUUACCGUCUUUUCUGUAAUUAUGAUAAUACCAGGAAACAUAAUUAAUGAAAAGUAUGGAAUUAGGAUGAGUAUUAUCAUAGGUAUGAAUAAUUAGAUUAUUAAAGGUUGUUCAUUAACUUUUGUUGGGUCCAUUUUUGCAAUUUUCAUAAAUGUUUCUUUUUGGUUUUUCUUUAUUGGAUAAUUGAUCUCUUUAAUUGGAUUUCCAUUUAGAUUGAUAAGUGCAUCAAAGUUUGUUGCAAAUUGGUUUUACCCUGAAAAUAGAAUCCUUAUUAUGGUGAUAAUAGCUUUAGUUUUUAAUGCGAGUUCAGGAAUAGCUAUUAGAAUUCCACUUAUUGUAUUAGGAGACUUUUAGAUUCAUGAUGGUCCAACAGAAGAAUAAAUAGAAUUAGGAAGGGCUUUAAUAGAGAGUUUGAUGUUUUUACUAUUUGGAUUGAUGAUUUUACUAUGUGUACCACCAAUACUAUUUUUCUUAAGUAAGCCAAUUACUCCUCCAAGUUAUAGUGCUUCAGAUGUAUAGAUAGUUUAAUUCAUUAGGAAUGCGUUAGAGAAGAUUAUCACAAAGCUAGUUUAAUAGUCACUAAUAACCCUGAUUUCAUUUUGUUAACUAUUAGUUUCGCUUUUAUCUUAGGGACUAUUACAUUAUUUACUCUAUAGAUGGAAUAUUUUAUAUAGCCAUUCAAUUAUUCACUCAAAGAUUAGAGCAAUUUAGUUUUAGUAGGAGUGAUAGCUGGUUUAAUUGGAGAUAUUUGUGUAGGAACAGCUAUAAAGAAAACUUAAUCUUAUAAAAAAGUGUUGAGAAUUUGUAACAUUUUAGUGACUGUAUUAUUUGGAAUUCUCAUACUAGCACUUCAUUUAAACAAAGUGUUUUUCUUUAUUGUUUACUUUUUUUUGUGUGGAAGUUCUGCCAUUAUGGCUUUGACUUUUGAAUUCUCUUGUGAAUUAUGUUUUCCUUUAAGUGAAAAUACUACAAUUGCUAUGUUAGGUUUCUUUGGAAACCUUCUUAAUUUCUUUCAAGGAAUUCCAGAAAUCUUAAUCCUUAAGGUAUUUUGAAAUUCAUAAUCUAAAAUAGGGCGAUAAUUAAUUAUGUUCUACUUUAGCUAUGAUAUUUAUGCUUAUCUUAAUUUGUAGUUCAAAUAUUUUGACUAUGAAAAUCAACGAAAACCUUAAGAGAUCAGAACAAGAUAUUCAAUUGGAUGAUAGAAUUGAAAAGAAAAAUACUGAAGUCAGCUUAUUAGAAUAAUCAAAAUUUAAUAGUAGUAAUGAUGAUUAUUGA